AUGGACUUGGAUGUCAAGGAGGAAAAGCCCGCUCAACAGCCUCGCCAGGAACCCAGCCAACCUGCAGUCCAGCCGCCGUUGGAUAUCAAUGUCAAGCAAACAGAGAAGGAACCGCAGCGCAAGGAUAUUGUACCCUCUCUACCGCAAGAAAAGCUAGCGCAACCGACUGCGUCGCCGACAGCGGCCGCAGCAAGACAACAACCGCAGGUGCUACCAACUCAAUUGCAAACGAAACUGCAUCAGGAACAGCUCAGAGAGGCGCAGCAGCAACCGCAACCGCAGCCGCCUCAUGCUCAGCCUAUUCCACGCAUGCCUACUGGAUUACCAUCGCAACCACAGCCGGUUAAUGGUCAGGCACCCUCGGCAGUUCAACAACUACCAGGAAAAGUGCCUCCGACUGUGUCUUCGGCGCAAAAGGCGAAGAAUGCGCCAGCUGUACAUCCACAGAAGCCCCCCGCUGCUCCAAUUCCGAGCCAGGGCAAUGUGCCAACUUUUACGGCGGCGCCCUUGCAAGCCCAGCGGGACAUUCACAAACCUACUCCUGUUCCUGCUCCAUCACCGGCUUCAGCUUCAGCGGCCAGACCUGCGGGCAAGCAGGGUGCUUCAGCUGCCACUCCUGUCACAGCACCUCAACGUCUCCCACCCCAGCCAAUAAUCCAGCAGUGGUCCUUACAUCAGCCACCUCAAACCCCACAGCCACCGCCCUUUACCUACCCGCAACCACAGGCAGAUAAGCGUGCUAUGGAGGGUAGACCACCCCUCAACCCUCUUCCUCAACACACACCGAAACUCGAGCCUGAAAAGACACCACAAGCCCCUCCCCAGACGCCUGUGCCAUCUACACCAGGGCCUUCGGCACCGAUCGUAUCAACAGCUGUCAACGGCCAUGCUCAGGGUUACCAGACGCCUGUCGGAGCAGCGCAAGCAUUGCUUUCGGAAGCACGAAAUGUCCACCGCCCUCAACUCUUCGUCGAUACGAGAUCUUCUACACCUUGGAAGAAGACACCGCGCCUGAGCAUUCCCCAGUCGCCUAGAUCACCGAUUCGACCUCGGCCAGAGGAUGUCAGCCCGAUUAGCGAAAGAGCCCCAUCGCCAAUUGAGUUCCCUGAGCCGCUGCCAGAAGAAACAGGAAGCCGCCGGAACAAGCGCCGAGCCGUUGAAGAAAAGGGGGCGAGAACAAUCCAGGAACUCAGCAUGCCGCAAGAUGUGGAACCUAAAGGGCGGCUGAAAGCCAAAGUAGAAAAAGCCACAGUGUCCGCUGCUGGGAAGAAACGGGAUCGAAGCACGACCUCCUCAAGAAGUCGGGGAAGGUCCGUAGUAUCACGCGAUGAGGAAUCCGUCGCCGAGCCCGGAAAUGGCCCUGUUGGAAAGAUCAAGCAUGAGUUGCCUGGUACGCCGGCCAAUAUCCCAGAGACAUCUGAAUUGGAGGGUCGUGCCAGUGGAGCCCGAAAAGGCGCUGCCGCUUUGUCUCAGACCGAAGAACGGCCAGGGAGAGGGAGGCCGAAACGCAAACGUGGGACCAGUGAUGCCCCAGAGCCAGAGUCACUUCCGACUGAACCUAGCCGGCUGGAAUCGACACAGUCCGCAUCAUACGUGUUGUGUCCUCGUAACUUUCCCAGAACCGGCGCACCUAUAAUGAACGAUGUGACCAUGCACAAGCAUGCUUCAAUAUUUGCGAAGCCGCUAGCUGAGCGAGACGCACCUGGGUAUCGAGAUCUCAUAUAUCGGCCGCAGGAUUUGAAAUCGAUCAAGUCGUCCAUCCAUCAAGGCAGCAGGGCUGUGGCAGCAGCUACGGAAGCUGCUAGCACACCUGCUGCAGAUGGAGAGUCCCCGGCUCCCAAUGCAGGCACCCCUUCCAAGAACGCUGUUCUAGUGCUGCCAAAGACGGAAGAUGUCAUUCCUCCCAAAGCCAUAGUUAACUCGGCACAGCUGGAGAAAGAACUGAUUCGCAUGUUCGCUAAUGCCGUCAUGUUCAAUCCCAUUCCGCAACGUGGGUUUGGACCUGGCUUCCCGAUGACCAGCGAUAGCGGGUCACGUGAAAGCACGCAAGUCCCCGAACCGGAUGAAGGAGGCAUCAUCAAAGAUACUCUGGAGAUGUUCGAGGAUGUCGAGCAAGCGGUGACGAGAUGGCGGGCGGCGGAACGCACUGCUGACGAACUGGCAAGCAAGAACAUCUUAUCCCUUCGAAGAGGUAGCACAAGUGAUUUGAACACAGACAGCGCAGAUGAAGUCAAGGGGGCAUGA